AUGCCAGUAAUGAGAGGGCUACUGGCCCCGCAAAACACCUUCCUGGACACCAUAGCCACCCGCUUCGAUGGCACCCACAGCAACUUUGUUCUGGGAAACGCCCAGGUGCAGUCACUCUACCCCAUCGUUUACUGCUCUGAUGGUUUCUGUGAACUCACUGGUUACGCCCGUGCCGAGCUCAUGCAGAAGAGCUGUGCGUGUCACUUCCUGUACGGCCCAGAAACGAGUGAUCGGUCAACGGCCCAGAUCCAAGGAGCCCUGGACGAAAGGAGGGAGUUUAAGACUGAACUGGUCUUCUACAAGAAGGAAGGUACAAAGUUCUGGUGUCUUCUGGACAUCGUACCAAUUAAGAAUGAGAAGAGCGAGGUGGUUCUUUUUCUCGUGUCCCACAAAGACAUCACUGACAAGAAGAAGGAACAGGACCCUGAGCAAGGACCUGAAACUGAUGAAGACACAGGUUUGGAGGUGCAUCAGGUAACUCGCCCUCCAGGCUUCAAUGCCAAUCGGCGCCGCAGCAGAGCUGUGCUCUAUCACCUGUCAGGACACCUGCAGAAACAAGACAAGAGCAAGCUCAAGAUCAACAAUAACAUGUUUGGGGAGAAGCCUCCAAUCCCGGAAUACAAAGUAGCAGCCAUUCAGAAAUCUCGCUUCAUCCUGCUCCACUAUGGAACCUUCAAGGCCGGCUGGGAUUGGUUGAUUCUGCUGGCGACUUUCUAUGUGGCCGUCACUGUGCCCUAUAACGUGUGUUUCACAGUUGGGGGAGGCCGGGAUGAAGGCAGCGCCUCACGCAGCCCGCCCAGUGUCAGCGACAUCCUCGUAGAGAUCCUCUUUAUUUUAGACAUAGUGCUGAACUUUCGAACUACAUUUGUGAGCACGUCGGGUCAGGUCGUCUACGACGCCCGCUCCAUCUGCGUUCACUACGUCACCACCUGGCUCUUUGUUGAUCUCAUUGCCGCCCUGCCCUUUGACCUGCUCUAUGCUUUCAAUGUCAGCGUGUACUUUGGGGUCCAUCUGCUGAAGACAGUUCGGCUGCUUCGGUUACUGCGGCUGCUGCAGAAGCUGGAGCGCUACUCACAGUACAGUGCUGUGGUCCUGACUCUGCUGAUGUCCAUGUUCGCCCUGCUGGCCCACUGGAUGGCAUGUGUCUGGUACUUUAUAGGUCGCAGGGAGAUUGACACCCAAGGUUCCUGGGAUAUAGGUUGGCUCCAUGAGCUGGCCAAACGACUGGGUACCCCGUAUUUCCUCACUCCCCUGACAACGCUGUUCCCCACCACAGUCAGCAGCAUUCCAGCCAACAGCAGUCAGUGGAAGGUGUCUGGGUCAGAGGUCGCAGGACAGGGAACCUGGAAUUCUAGCCAGUAUUACGGGAAUGUGUCAGGAGGCGAGGCUGCAUCCGGGACAGCUAGUGGGGGUGGGAGUCUCGGGGUGUUGGAUGGUGGCCCAUCAAUGCGUAGCAGCUAUGUGACCUCCCUCUACUUUGCUCUGAGCAGUCUGACCAGUGUGGGGUUUGGAAAUGUAUCAGCCAACACAGACUCAGAGAAAAUCUUCUCCAUCUGCACCAUGCUCAUAGGAGCACUGAUGCACGCAGUGGUGUUUGGCAAUGUGACGGCCAUCAUCCAGAGGAUGUAUUCACGCCGCUCACUUUACCACACACGCACCAAGGACCUGAAGGACUUCAUCAGGGUCCACCGGCUACCCAAGGCUUUGGAGCAGCGCAUGCUGGAGUGUUUCCAGACUAUGUGGUCGGUCAACAACGGGAUCGACGUCAGUGAGCUACUGAAGGACUUCCCAGAUGAGCUGAGGGCUGAUAUCGCCAUGCACCUGAACAAGGAGCUGCUCCAGCUGCCUCUGUUUGAGUCAGCCAGCAGGGGCUGCCUGCGCUCCCUCUCUCUCAUCAUCAAGACCUCCUUCUGUGCUCCAGGAGAGUUUCUCAUCCGGCAGGGAGACGCCCUGCAGGCCAUCUAUUUCGUCUGCUCAGGGUCCAUGGAGGUCCUGAAAGACAACACUGUGCUGGCUAUACUGGGUAAAGGAGACCUGAUUGGCUCAGACUCCCUGACAAAGGAACAAGUCAUCAAAACCAACGCCAACGUCAAGGCGCUGACUUACUGCGACCUGCAGUAUAUCAGCCUCAAGGGCCUCCGAGAGGUUCUCCGACUUUACCCUGAGUAUGCCCAGAAGUUCAUCAGCGAGAUACAACAUGACCUCACUUAUAAUCUACGAGAGGGCCAUGGGGCUGAUGUGGACUGGGAGAGUAACGGCGGCUUGGUGAAGAAGCUGCCGUCCAUCCGCGAGGAUGAGGAGGGCGACGAGGAGCAGAGCUCCGUGUCCCGAGCUCCUCGCUCUCCGCUGCACCUCAGCCGGGGUCUCAGCUCACCCCUGCGCUCCCCUCUCCUGCCGCCCAGGCCUUUCCGUGCUCCCUCUGACCACUUGCGCCCGUCCACCCUGCAGAUACCAGUGGUGAGCUUCAGCAGUGCACCACCUGAACUCAGCCCCAGAUUCGUGGAUGGCAUUGAAACAGAGAACAAUUCCACCUCAACACAGAAGUUUGAGUUCAGCCCCGGCCCGUCACCUGCCGCUCCGCCCUCACCGUAUGCAGGGAUCCGUGAGCACUCUGAGAUCAAGCAGAGUGUGUCUAAACUGACUGAGGAGAUGAACGGUCUCUCUAAACAAGUUUCCAAACUCAGUCAGGAGCUGCAGGAAAUGACACGCCUGCUCAAGCCUCUCCUCCAAAUGGCACCACAGCCAGUCCUGAUGACCAUGAUGCCAAAUUUAACAUCACCGCCCAGCAGUGCCACCCUACUGUCAUCGAGCACCUGCUAUGGUGUGCCGCCUCCUUCCACACCUUGCUCACUCCAGAGACCAAACAUUCAUUCCCUGUUGGACAGCAGAGACACAGAGAGUGCAGAUUUGCCAGGAUGCCUUCUCCCAACUCCUCACUCACCAAAAAGGCCUAAUUCAACUCCUUCAGCAUUAGCACAGACCCCACCCAAAGCCCCAGGUGCCAACAUCCAAGGGUCUGCUGACUCCAACCAUCAUUCACCGGAGGAAGGACUUCCAGAGGGGUGUGCAGACUCCCGAAGCCUCCGAGGUUCCUCCGGUAAUGGGAUAUUUUUCCCCUCGGUGCAGGACCAACCUCCUCUGGCCUCUCACACCCCUUCACCUUCUCUCUCCUUCUCCAUGUCUCUCUCUUCCUCAUCAUCCCUUUCCCCCUGCCAAGGACCUCACCUCUCCCGACCUGGCAGCUGUGCCAGCAGAGGCCUGCUCAUCCCACCUCCCUCUCAGGACACCCAGCCUCCCACGUCUUCUUACUUUUCAGCUCCUCCAUCACUCACAUCCUCACCUGGAAAUCAUCGGCUGAGGCCUUCCCCUUCUGUGCCAGUCAUAUCCCCCAACACUUCCAACCACCCCUCCACUCUUUCUCUGCCAUUGUCUUUGGAUGCGGCAAAUGCAAAGAGAAGAGAUACCCAGACGCCACCUUGGUGUAACUCACAGCGACACUACCGGGCGGCAAGACCAAUUUCUCACCCCCAGGAGCUGGAGAUGCAGGAGCGGGGACGACAUGUGGAAGAGGGGAAGUCCUCCACAGAGCACAUCAGUUUCAUUGAUGAGGAGGAGCCAGCAUUAUGA